AAAUCUCUUCUUCCUCUCUCUCUCUCGCCUCCCACCCCCGAAGCCUAAAAAAUGUCGCUCUCCAAGCCCCUUUUCUCCCACCUCAAAUCCCUAAAACCCUACCGGAACCCCGUUCCCACCGCUGCCGCCGCCCCCUUCCGCCUCCUCUCCUUCGCCACCCCCGAGGAGGCCGCCGCCGAGCGCCGCCGCCGCAAACGCCGCCUCCGCAUCGAGCCACCCCUCUCCUCCCUCCGCAAUCACCCCUCCUCCUCCGCCCCCCGCCGCGCCCCGUCGGGCCCCAAAAUUGCAUCCAAUCCCAACGUCCCCAAGCUCCCGGAGUCCGUCUCCGCCCUCGCCGGCAACCGUCUCAACCUCCACAACCGCAUCCUGACCCUCAUCCGCGAGAACGACCUCGACGAGGCCUCCCUCCUUGUCCGCCACUCCAUCUACUCCAACUGCCGCCCCACCAUCUUCACCUGCAACGCCGUCCUCGCCGCCCUCCUCCGCCAGUCCCGCUACGCCGACCUUCUCUCCCUCCACCGCUUCAUCACCCAGGCGUCCGUCGCGCCCACCAUCAUCACCCACAACCUCUUCCUCCAGGCGUACUGCGACUGCCGCAAGACCGACACCGCCCUCGAGCACUACCGCCUCAUCCUCAAAGACGCCCCCUUUAACCCCUCCCCCACCACUUACCGCAUCCUCGUCAAGGGCCUCGUCGACAACGGCAAGCUCGACCAGGCCCUCGAGCUCAAGGACGACAUGAUCGCCAAGGGCUUCUGCGCUCCCGACCCCAUCGUCUACAACUUCCUCAUGGCCGGCUUUGUCAAGAACGACGAUGCCGACCGCGUCCUGUCCCUCUUCGACGAGCUCAGGGAGAAACUCGGCAGCGGCACAAUCUACGAUGGGGCCGUCUACGGGAAUCUCAUGAAGGGUUACUUCAAGAAAGGCAUGGACAAGGAGGCGAUGGAAAUCUACAGUGAAGUUCUUGGCGAUGGUUCCAAAGUCAGGUUCGGGGCGGCGAGCUACAAUUCGGUGCUGGAUGCGCUGGGAAGGAACAGUAAGUUGGAGGAGGCACUUGGUUUGUUCGAGAGGAUGAUGAACGAGCACAACCCCCCUCGGAGGAUCACCGUGAAUUUGGGGACCUUCAAUGUGAUGGUGGACGCGUAUUGCCUUGCCGGAAAGUUCGAUGAGGCGAUUGCUGUGUUUAAGAGGAUGGGUGAGAAGAAAUGCAGCCCGGAUACACCGUCUUAUAACAAUCUCAUUGAUCAAUUGGGGAAGAAUAAAUUAGUCGCUGAGGCUGAGGAGCUGUACAGGGAGAUGGGCGAGCGUGGGAUCAACCCGGAUGAGUACACCUACGUUCUGUUGGUGGAAGCUUGCCUCGGAGUGGAUAGGGUGGAUGAUGCCACAGGAUACUUCAACAAGAUGGUGGAAUUGGGCCUGAGGCCAAAUACAAAUGCGUACAAUAAGGUUAUCGGGGGGUUGGUGAAUGCGGGAAGGCUUGAUGAGGCGACGGGGUUCUUUAACCAGAUGAAGGAGAAGGAUGUGAAGCCGAACAUUGCGAGUUAUGAGAUGCAGUUGAAGGCAUUUGUCGAGGCAGAGAGGUUGGACGACGGACUUAAGAUGGUUAGGGAGAUACUGUUAGAUGAUGGGGUGGCUUUCAGUGAAGAAAUGAAGGAGCUUGUGGAGGGGGCGUUGAGGAAAGAAGGGAGAGAGGAUGACUUGGGCAAACUGUACAAGGAUGUAGAAAGGGAGAAAGCUGAGGCAUUGGCUCGAGCGGCAGAAGAGAAGGCGAGAGCUGAGGCUCUUGCCAAGGAAGAAAAGGAGAGGAAGAAGGCCGAGGCUGCUGCAAAGGAGGCAGCUGCUGCCAGAGCUAGUGCCGCAGCUAUAGAAGCUGUUUUGGGACGGAGAAAGCAAGAGGCAAAGGAGGAGUCCAUGCCUGAUGGUGCCAGUGGUUCUGAUGGGGGAUCGCUGGAAGAAGAGAGGAAUGAUAGUGGAUCAGUUGAAGAAUUGAAAGGCAGAGAUGGAGAAGCUAUCAAUGCGAGUUUACCUGAUGGUGAAGUGCUGAAACAAGCGAGCGAUGGUAGUAGCUCGACCGAAGAAACGAAGGAAGGAGCUGGAUAUGCUGCUCAACAGGUAUCAGCUUCACAAAUCUGAGCUUGUUUCACAGUAUCCAUUAUAAAAUCUUGAUGAGGAGAGUUCUUCUCGGUGCUAGUUAUUUCAUCUGUUGAGGUCAUUCUGAACUGUCAAGGAAAAUGUAGCUCAUCUUUUAUUAUUAUUAUUAGGGUUGUCAUUUGAAAUGUGAUUAAGGUUUCUAUAAGCUAGGUUAUUAGUCAUCAUUUGGAAAUGAAAGCUUUGGCUUGGGAUGUGUUCCAUUCAUUGUAAUCUGAAAAUCCUGAAAUCUGAUACUAAUAGACAUUUUGGAGUAUUUCAAAAUUAUCAUUAUCUGUUAGAAUGUA